AUGAAAAGCCCACUGGACUACGAGGAUUCCGCUCAACGCGACGGUUUCCCACUUCGAAUCCGCGUCUCCGACGGACGACACGAUGCAGAAGCGGCGGUGCACGUGGCACUCGUCGAUCGCAACGACCACGCACCACACAUUCACGGAGCCACCGAGCACCGUAUCAGAGAAGACGUGCCACGUGGCACAAUCAUCGGACGAUACACAACGAGUGACAAGGAUGCCGGCGACACGGCAAGGUAG